AUGGCAUCCGAGAACACCGACUUUGUUGACGAGACGUCCAUCUCGCCUGUUCGCUCCUCGGAAAGGCGCAACAGUCUGGAGAAGCACCUGCAGCACCGUCCAGAACCCCAGGACCUCAAGAACAGGCACAUUCUGCUAGACACCACAACAGCUCCCGCCCUCCAAGCCAAAGCCCUCGAACUCGAGCGACAGCGCGCAACAGACAACCUCAAGCGCGGCCUCAACGCCCGUCCCGAGCGAGCCGAGCUCGUCGACCGCAACAUCCUGCCCAACUCGACAGCAGCGCCUGCCCUCCAGGGCCACCAGAAGGAGCUCGAAAUGCACAUGCGGGCUGAUAGCCUGGAGAAGGGCCUCCAGAACAGGCCAAGUCCGGAAGAGCUGGUCAAGAAGGGUAUUCUUGACGAGGACGAGAAUCCCGUCAAGGACAUUGCUUAA